CAGUUCCGACGGUUGAAAUCUAGAGACACCAUUGUCGUCUAUGCAUCACCACCAGCAUCCGAUCAUACAUCCGGUCUGCCACAUGUCAAUCAAAAAUCAUCAAGAGCACUGAAACCUUCCUUGCUCCGCCCACCCUCAAGUCAUCUUCUGCUACCAAGUCUAUACAUGACAUCCUCGUCAUCUUACGACUCUAUCAACCACUAGCCUCGCUCACCCGCCUUGCCCUGUCAACUCUAUCUUUCAGACAGUAAUUACUCAAUACCGCCACCAUGGCUCUCGUCAACGUUCGUCGCGAUGUCAGCGAUGCUUUCUAUCGUUACAAGAUGGAGCGUCUGCAGACCAAGAUUGAAGGUAAAGGAAACGGUAUCAAGACCGUUGUCGUCAACCUGAGCAGCGUUGCUGCCUCUCUUGCCCGCCCUGGUUCUUAUGUCAUUAAGUACUUUGGUUUUGAGCUUGGUGCUCAGACCAACAUUGAUCCCAAAGACGACCGUUGGAUCAUCAACGGUGCUCACGAUGCCCCCAAGCUUCAGGAUCACCUCGAUGGGUUCAUCAACAAGUUCGUCCUCUGCAAGAAAUGCAAGAACCCCGAGACCGAUGUUGUCAUCAAGGAUGAUCGUAUCCUGCUUGACUGCAAAGCCUGCGGUCAGCGUACCGAUGUCGACAUCCGCCUGAAGCUCAGUGGCUUUAUCCUCAAGAACCAGCCCAAGAAGGGCAAGAAGGACAAGGCCGAGCGCAGGGCUGCCAAGAAGGCUCGACAGAACGGCAAUGCUGCCAACGGCACCAAUGGUCAGAAUGGUGCUGGCAGUGAUGAGGCAUCUGAGAACGGCUCAAACGAUAACGGCGACGAGGACGUUGGCAGUGACGACGAGUUCCAAAAGGUUGCGGCAGAGGCCGCCGAAGCCGCUCAGGAGAACGAAGUCAAGGAGCAUGAAUGGGCUGUUGACAUGAGCGAGGAAGCCGUCAAGGCCCGUCAGGCCUCUCUCCCCGGCGAGUUCAAGCAGAAGCUCAAUAUUGGCGAUGAUGAUGAUGAAGAAGGCGAGGGUGGCCCCACCAUCUACGAUGAGCUUGGCGACUGGAUCCAGUCCCAGGCCGAGGAAAAGGGCAGCGUUGACAAGGUCGAAUCCAUCGACAUCUAUGUCAAGGCCAAGGAGCUUGGUAUCGAAGGCAAGCAUCGUAGUGUUCUUGUUCUUGUCCAAACCAUCUUCGAUAAGAACAUUGUUGCCCAAAUUCCCAAGCGUGCUAGCAUGCUCAAGCAGUUUGUUACCUCUGAGCGCCACGAGAAGGCUCUUCUCGGCGGAACCGAACGUCUCGUCGGUACUCUGGCCGCCGACCACCCCGAGAUGUUCCAGUCUAUCGUCAAGAUUCUCCAGCUCUACUACCACUAUGACCUGAUCAGCGAGGAGGUCGUGACCAAGUGGGGAUCCAAGGCUAGCAAGAAGUACACUGACAUCUCCACCUCCAAGAAGGUUCGCAAGGCUGCUGAGCCUUUCUUGACCUGGCUUGCCGAGGCUGAUUCGGAGGAGUCUUCUGACGAGGAGUAAAAUCCUGUUUAUGUAGUCUUUCUUCCCGUGUGGUACUUGAUUUGCUUCGUGCCUUGUGUGUUUUGCGGGCAGGCUUCUGUGGUGCAUUGUUGCAUUCACUUUGUCGACAGCUCAGUGCAGCCUGUGCUCUUUGAUGCUCAGAUAGUUUAAUUCUAUUGUUGGUCUUUUACCCGAAACCUGAUGUUUCUGAUGUGCUC